AAUUGAACGCUACAAGCAAUUGAUAUUUAUUUUAUAUAAAUUAUAUUUUAGUAGUUCGGUUUAAUAAAAAUGAAUGAUCUUAACAUAAUUCCGGCCGGACCUCCUCGAAAAAAUCCUUUAUCAAUUAACGCAAUAAAUAACUCGACUGUAACAAUUGUUAUUACAUUCGGAAUUGCCGUAAUUUACUUUUCAUUGAUGCAAGUAUUUGAUUCCACAUAUUAUGUUUUUAGACAGGCAUUUAUUGAGCAAGAUCCCCGGCUUUCAAUGCGAUUUAUUGAAAAAACACAUGUGUCAAAUACAUUGCUUGUACUUCUUAGUUCUUUUGUUCCGGGUAUUGGUUUGUUGAUAACUAUUGUGUUUUUUUCAACCCGUGUUAAAUCCACAAGACGCGUUCAAAUUUAUGCAUUUAUUGUGUUUGCAUGCCUAAAAAUAUGCCUUCUUCUAAAUUCUGCUGUCACAAACUCACUAAAAAUACUUUACGGUGCACCAAGACCAAAUUUUUUUGCUGCAUGUAAUUAUCGGGGUUAUAGAGACGCAUUAGCUAAUAACAAUUAUACCGAGUACUUUGGUCUUACUCAUUUUGGGAGAAUUGGGGACAUUUUACACUGUAGGGAUAAAUCAGACAUCAAUAAUGCAUUUAUGUCAUUUCCCUCAGGCCACUCAUCUUUAAUGUUUGCUGGGACAACAUUUAUGAUAUUGGUCAUGUUUAUGUUUAGAAAAUAUCAUAGUCUAAUGUAUGUAUUGGCAGUUAUUAUGUCGAGCGGUGCAAUUGUACUCUCAACAUGGGUAACUUAUACAAGAGUUGCUGACUAUAAACAUAACACACAAGAUGUACUUGGAGGAACUAUUAUUGGAAUAAUAAUUGGCUCUAUAAUAUUUCAAUUUGCAAAAGACCAAAUACACCGUUCUAAAAUUGAAAUUAAGACUAUAUGCGAAAUAUGUCAAAUAUAA